AUGAAGGUUUGUGCUGAUCUUACCUUUAUGGCUGAUUGCAUUAUUGGUGCACCUGGUCCAUUAUUAUUUGGAGAUAGAUUUUUACGGUUUCGAUGUGCAGUUUGCACACAAGGAGAAGAGGAAUAUGAACGGCAAAAUAUGAGCUGGAUGACUAUUGUCCAUCUGGUGAUUUACAACCUUAUGCGAAGGCAGGGAAUCGAGGCCACUAAAAUAAAGGAUCGUGAUCACAAAUUCUUUCGAUGGAAAGAAGACGUCUGUGCGUUUAUUGAAGACCAUUGGCAUUAUCUUGCACCGGACAAACAACGAUCUUUGACCUGGCACAAUACAAUUGCCAGUGUAUUAUCAACUCACAGCAACAUAUUUCAAUCUGGAUUCGAAAAAUUUCACCAGAGCGCCUGGUGGACCUUGAAAAAAGAAGAGCCUCCUGGGCAAGAAACAAAACCAAAGGUUGUGAAAAUGAAACCAAAUCUCAAAAAACCCUUGAAGCGUGCUCGUAACGAAACCGAAGUCGAAGAACCGUCAACGGAUCGCAUACUACGCCGAAGAACCUCGUCAAUUGCUCACCCGUCUGGGUCAGAGGGGCCAGAAAACGGCAAAGCCCCAGUAUCAAAAUCCCAGCGUACUAAUGAACUUCCGAAAAUCAAAGAAGAAUAUAAAGAACCUCCGCUAUUGACCCCUAAAGAAGAAGAAGAAGAGGAAGAUAUUUUUGACCUCAGCUCUUUAUCCGAUAUCUCUUCUGACUCUGAUUUAUUUUCGGAAGAAGACGAAAAGCCAUUAAAGGAUCAAGAAAAACCUACACCCAUCAGUCCACAAGACAAAGAUAAGGCUACAGAAACAUGGGUUACACACGUAAAAGAAGAAGUUGAAGAGCCAAGGUAUAUCCCAGAAGAACCACCUGUUUCAGAAAUCGACGCUACAAAUCCAAACAAAAUAUAUGAAGGAUUCCAGCCGAUUUCCACACCAAAUGUUAUACCAACUCCUGAACCUCCUCAAAUUCAAGAAAAUCUCCAGAAGCAUACUAAUGAAAGGAAACCUGCCGAAAACAACUGUAUCCAAAAGUAUUUCCUUCCAGCCAAAAAUAACACCAAGGUCUCUGACGCCAAACCUGAUGAUAUUGUCGACACUCACACAUCAAAUCCCAUCGCAUCAAAUCCUACCACACCAAAUCCCACCACCACAACCCCCAUCACACCCAAGCCUAGCACACCUAAACCUAACCUUCCUGAACCUAUUCAAAGUCCCCCUUCCGAAAACCUAGCCAACACACAAAUCAUCGACAUCCAACACACCUCUAAUUCUCAAACUAGAGAAGAUAAGCAUGAUCACAAGAAAGAGACCGAUGUAAACGCAACCCCUCGCAUUCCACCAACACCUUCUGUAUUAUCCCAGCACGAAGAAUGGAUAUUAUUUCAAAAACUAGAAAAUUCUGCUCGAAAAUUACCAGCCAAUGCUGCUAGAUAUCGUCGAAAGCUUGGUGUUAGAAGGUUGAAACGUAAUCUUGGCCUCAAGAUUUUUGAUAUCGAUAAUCAUGUUGCUCAACAUAUCCGUCAGAAACUUGAAUUGGAACCGAUGUCCAAAAACUCUCAUGUCAAACCGGCGAUAAAUCAACUGACCUCUCAAAAUCCAGACUCACUACUUUCGUCUUCGGCCUCUAGCUUAGAAAACCUGACCUCAACACCAUAUGUGUCUUCAUUUGCAUCACGCCUGUAUGGGCAGCCCCGUCAGCACGCAACCUUGACACGCGAUGAACCGUGGCUGUCUCUCUGGAAUGGACGCAAGCUCCGUCCUUACAUUCGGCGUGAUUUUGAAAGUAAACCGGCACGGAUGCAAAUGCUCUGGCAGAUAAAGACGUGUUCUGGCCGGCCAAUACCACGCCGAGAGCAGAUAACCAACCAGGUCGAGGAGAACUCAAGUAUUGAUUAUGUCUAUUUCCAAAGACAGCAUCUGGAACAAGCAAAUGCUAUGCUGUCUAGAUGCUUUUGGGAGGGCAUUGACGUUUCCGAGUCUUUGCUAUUCCCUGAAUUCAGUGUGAUUGCACUCUACAAACGAUGUGUGAUUGGGUGUGCGUUUAUGACACCUGAGGCAUACAUUACAUAUAUUGCUGUUCUUCCGGGCUGGGAGAGUGCUGGAAUUGGACAGUUUAUGCUGUACCAUCUUUUCCAGACUGCUAUUAGUAAGGACAUCACACUCCAUGUUUCGGCCAACAACAAUGCUAUGAUCUUGUACCAGAAAUUCGGCUUUAAACCAGAAGAGUUUAUUGUCAAUUUUUACGACAAAUAUCUUCCUUCUGACAGUGUUUUGAGCAAAAAUGCCUUUUUACUACGACUCAGAAGAUGA